GCAAGCAGCAGAAGGAAAGUGAACCCCUUUACUUAAUCUGUACGUAAAGUCUGUAUGUAUAUGCUGUGAAAUGGCUGGAGCCACUUUUUCAGACGAACAGUUCUGUUGUUCAGUCUGUCUGGAUCUGCUGAAGGAUCCAGUGGCCAUUCCCUGUGGACACAGUUAUUGUAUGAGCUGUAUUACAGGUUGUUGGGAUCAAGACUACGAGAAGGGAGUCUACAGCUGCCCCCUGUGCAGAGAGACCUUCACUCCAAGACCUGUUUUGAACAAAAACACCAUUUUGGCAGAAAUUGUGGAGAAACUAAAGAAGACAAAACUGCCCAAAGAAGACAAAUCCCCUGUGACUCCUGGAAGUGAAGAUGUGGAGUGUAACGUUUGUACUGAAAGAGAAUCUAAAGCUGUGAAGUCCUGCUUGGUGUGUCUGAACUCUUACUGUGAAAAUCACCUGGAACAACAUGAACAUCUCUUCAGAGAUAAAAGGCACAGUUUGAUGGAUGCAAGUGCAGGAUUGGAGAAGCUGAUCUGUGGUGAGCAUGACAGACCACUGGAGGUUUUCUGUCGUACUGACCAACUAUGUAUUUGUUUCAUGUGUAUGAUGGAAAAACACAAAAAUCAUGACACUGAAAGAGCUUCAGCAGAGAGGACGAAGAAACAGAGAGAGCUGGAUAAAAAACUGAGACAAUUCAAGGAGAGAAUCCAGCAAAGGGGAAAAAAGCUUCAGGAGUUGGAAGAUGCUGUGAAGGCACACAAGCACUCUGCACAGGCAGCAGUGGAUGAGAGUGAGAGGAUUUUUACUGAACUGAUCCACUCCAUUGAGAGAAGCCGCUCUAAGGUGACACAGCUGAUCAGAGAGCAAGAAAAGGCUGCCGUAAGUCGAGCUGAAGGACUUUUGGAGCGACUGAAGCAGGAGAUUGAAGAUUUAAAGAGAAGAAAUGAUGAGCUGGACCAGCUUUCACACACAGAUAAUCAUAUCCAUUUUCUUCAGAAUUUCCAGCUUCUCUCUGUCCUCCCUGAAUCCACAGUCUUGGGCAAUACUACUCUCCGUUCUCAUAUGUCUUUUGACGGUGUGGGGUUAGAUAUCUGUCUGCUGAAAGGGAAAAUUGAAGAUUUCUGCAAAGACAAGAUAAAAGAUAUAUCUUGUAGAGUGAGGGACAUUCAUAUCAUCACUGCCCAUGACCCAAAGACCAGGGAGGAGUUCUUGGAAUAUUCCUCUCAACUUAGUCUGGACCCAAACACAGCGCAUAAAAACCUCUGUCUGUCUAAGAGUAACACAGUUGUUACAAACAGUGGCACAGACCAGCAGUAUCCUGAACAUCCUGAGAGAUUUACAUGUAUUGAUCAGGUUUUGUGUAGAGAGAGUGUGUUUGGACGCUGUUAUUGGGAACUUGAAUGGAGUGGGAGUAAUGACAGUUGGGUGGGUAUAUCAGUGGCAUAUAAGAGCAUUGACAGGAAGGAAGAUGUUCCACAGUGUGCGUUUGGGUUUACAAAUCAGUCUUGGAGAUUAUCUUGCUCUUUUUCCAACUCGUUUCGAUUUUGGCACGAAAACAAGUAUACUGAUAUCCGUGGAACGUCCUCUAAGAUAGGUGUGUAUGUGGAUCACAGUGCAGGAAUAUUAGCCUUCUACAGAAUUGCUGACACAAUGACCCUCAUCCACAGAGUCAAGACCACAUUUACUGAGCCGCUGUAUCCUGGCUUUAGGGUUACUCGAGGAACAUCAGUGAAACUGUGUUAUCCAACCAAAUAGAUAAAAGACAGAUAAUCAUUAUAGCACAGAAUAGUUCACCCAAAUAGGGUCCCCAUUGACUUGACAAUAGUUUUUUGUUCCUACUAUGGAAAGUCAAUGGGAACCAUUUUUGGAGUGAACUAUGGGUUAAGCACAUGAUACAUCAAUGAUAGUGGGAUGUCUUUUAUAGACAUAUUUUCUUUUAGAUAUACUAACUCACUUGUCAAAAAUUACCAGAGGCAAACAUUCAAAUUCUCUACCUAAUAACUGUUGUUUUGUAAAGGUAGAAGAAGAUAUAUGUAGAAAAGUUAUCGGCUAUGUAGAAUUAUUAUUUGAUGCUAGAUUCAUUCUGAUAUUAAAAUUAAUUUCAUUCAGUUCUGCGAAUCUAUAUCUGUAAAUAAAAUA